AUGGUUUCCUCUCAACUCUCCGAACCGAUCAUCAUUAUCGGAGGCGGAACUUUUGGCACGACCACAGCCUACCACUUGGCAAAGAAAGGAUAUACCAACGUUGUGGUCCUUGAUCGUUUCCCGGUGCCUUCAGCAGAAGCAGCCGGGAAUGACAUCAACAAAGUUGUUCGCACAGAAUACCCUCAGGAUCUAUACACCAGGCUUGCAUCUGAUUCACGGGACAUAUGGUCCGAUCCAGAUGGAUUAUUUGCUGGACUCUACAAUCCUUGUGGUUGGAUCAUUGGGGCGAGUGAUCGUUCCCAAGCCUUUAUCGAUGGUUCGAUUAAAAGCGCAAAGGCCAACGGAGUCGAGCCGCCACGAUUGCUUUCGACUCAGGAGGUUCAUCAGCAAUGGCCCGCUGUAAAUGGUGACCUCCAAGGAUGGAACUCCUAUUGGAGCCCUAAUGCAGCCUGGGUCAAUGCUAGGGAAGCCAUUAUCAGAAUGGCCAGAGAGGCCACGGCAGCCGGAGUGAAAUAUAUCUCGGGGAGCGCGGGGCAUGCGUCGCAGCUUCUUUACGAUGAGCAUCAAGCAUGCAUCGGAGUAAAGUGUGCUAAUGGUACGGCAUACUUUGGAAGUAAGAUAGUGCUUGCGGCCGGGGCGGCAGCUGGAAGCCUGUUAAAUCUGCAAGGCCAAAUUGUGGCUCAUGGUCAUACUGUGGGCCAUAUUCAGUUGACUCCUGAUGAGGUCGAGAAGUACAGAAGCAUGCCUAUCCUCGAUCAUUUAGAAGGAGGAAUUCUUUUCCCUCCUCAGGAAGACGGUAUUAUGAAGAUUGGAGCAAUUCAUUUCGUCACUAAUUAUGCGAAGUCCUUUAAUGGGUUUUCCCUUCCGCGUUACCGUUCGGAUAAUCCCGAGGAUGGAAUACCCGCCGAAAUCGAGGCUCAUCUUCGUAAAUGGAUGGCAGGGUGUGUACCUGAGCUAGCAUCUCGAGAAUGGAUUGAAACUCGGAUUUGCUGGGAUGGUGAUAUGCCAGAUUAUCAUUUCCUGAUCACACCUCAUCCAACCCACAAAAACCUGAAGGUUGCUGUUGGAGGGUCGGCGCAUGGGUUCAAAUUCCUGCCGAUAUUAGGGAAGUACAUCGUUGAAAUGAUGGAAGACGCGCUGGACCCUGAAAUUGCGCAACAGUGGAAAUGGAGGCCAGGUGCCAAGUCUGGAGAUUAUUCAACAAUUCCACAUCAGGAAGUGGCUAAGGAUCUGACUAGGUUACCCGGCUGGGGUGAGCCAAAGAGCUUAUUGUGA